AUGCAUGCAAAGCGACAACCAAGAACACCGUACUGGAAGUGUGGCAUUCUUGUCGGAAACUCUGGCGGACCAGUACUCUACAAACUACUUCCAGAGGACGCGAUUGAUCAUUUUGUCCAACCUGGUGCCAUCAAGCACCUUCGCAUAGUUACACGAUGUGCGCUGCCCGCAAAGAUUGAAGAAUUUGGCCCAUGCUGUCUGUCAAGAUGGUCCGAGAGAAAGCAAGGAGAAUAUAGAGCACGUCGCGUACCGAAGUUCUCCCUAAGGAAGCUGCAGUCUGAUGUGGUCGCACUGAGGCAAAGUUCACCGCGGCAUACGAUGCACGCAUCCCCGACUCCCACGUUAUUAUUGGAAGGGGGACUUUCCCAAACUCUUAUUAUUGUGGUUAUAACGUCUGCCCUGAUCCUGUGGUGCACUUACAUCGCAUUGCCACCUUUGUUGCCACUCACUGCAAUGACUCUCAGUGGGACGAGAACUCCGCACGUGGAGACAAUGACCGACAUUUCGCAAAUCCAAGUGACCCACUGGGCCAAUCAGCUUGGACCAGAUCUCUGUGUCUCACCUACAGUGCAGUUUCGUAGAACGAACAACCGCACUACGGACAUGCCUGCGCGUGCCCCGGCACUUGGGUACACGUUCUUUCAGGAACAUCCAUUGUGGUCAAAUACAUGCGGAGGAAUAAACACGAGGUUAUGGACUGGAGAAGAGGAUAUGCUGUGGGUCAACGGGAUCGUCAAACAGCAAGUCAAAGAUACCUGCUAUGAUAUAAUUACUGACAAAGAGCAGAUUCGUUUAUCAGUCUGGGUUCUGGAGAUGAAAUUGCGAGAAUAUUCUCAGUUGUAUCAAGCGACACCCAGAAUGGCUCACUCCCACUCGCCUCAGCGGGUAACAACUGAGCUCCUGCAAGUCUCGCUUGAUCGCGCACUCGAGGGCCCCCUCCUCGCUGAGAAAUACUGCGCCAACCAGGAGUUCGUCAACCAUGGCAUGGUGUCCUCCAUCGGUAUUUCCGCCCUAUGCCAUCCUCUCUUACCGUCGUAUUCACACUUAGCAUUGUUUCGGUAUUGCGCUGCUGCUGAGAUCGAGCCCGGCACCUCAGGCUCGGUUCCCAAGGGCCCACGUCAAAUUAUUCAAGGUUAUCCUCGACACUGGGUAAGACAAAUACUUCCCCUGCCUACAACGCGGAUGGCUCUAGAAUCUCCAUCGACUACCAGAGUGGUUCCGUAA